AAUGACACCUUUUGUUCUAACAAAAUAUUAAUGAUAAUUUCAUGUUCAAUUUUACAUAGGAGAAUGUAAAUUUUAUUAAUGGCAGUUUCUUCAUCUUAAAUCUUAACAAGGUAGGGCCUAUGGAGUUGUUUUUUUUUUUUUUUUUUUUUUAAAUUUUUUUUUAUUUGGGUUUUACAUGGGUUAAGUAUAAUUAGUGGUUGUUUUAUUACGGCCCGUGCCCGUACUAGUACUGCGUACUAUUUGCUGGCUGGCAAUAGUCUAUUGUCAAUUGUCUAUUGAAUAGACAUGGUGCAUGGGCAUGAUUAAGAAGGCACUCUUAGAAGUGCAUUUUAUUUAAGGCUUUAUUUGUAAUUAAGAUUCGUUUUAUUAUUUUAGAAACUUUAAGCCUUUUUUUUUUUUUUGUUGUAGUUUUACUAUUAUUUUCUAAUUAUUUUAGAGUUUUUAGACAUUCAAAUUCAUCAUUUACAAAUUUAUUUAUUUGUUAGCAUACACUCCUACACAGACAGUUCUAGUUCUGUUAAUAUUAACUGUACUACUCACUCAGUAAUGAGUAAUUAGUGAUAAUUUUUAACAAGUAGAGUAGUCCUGAGCCUGAGUAGUCAGUGAGUGACUGUAGACCAAGGGCCAGCCCUACCUUUACUGGCAACCUAAACUUGGUGCCCCUUUUAAGUAUAAUUAUAAUCAUAAAAAUUUGUACUAGAAAAAAAAAUGGGGGCUUAGGUAAUUAGUUUAUUACCUAGGUUGUUUUUUAAACAAUAAAAUUGUUUUCUUAACCUGUAUUUAGAUAGUAUGAACAAUUAGCCUACCGUGGACAGUAUGAACAAUUAGCUUACCAUGAGUAAUAUAAACAAUUAGCCUACCGAUGAAAUUUUAGUAGCAUUUAAAUCAGCUAAUAUUUUUAUUGCACUUUCUAUUUUUCUUCCAUGACGCCCACAUGCAAUCAUUUUUCCUAUUUUGGAAGAUCAUUGAUGGUGUCCUAAGCAAAUGGUGCCUCGGGCAACUGCCCACGUUUGGCGGUACCUUGAGCCGGCCCUGAGUAGACUGCAGACCUUACUAGUCAGGCUAGCGGCUAGUUGUAGUCCUCAUUCUGAUAGGCGACCAAGUGUAGCUGAGUGAAUUAGUAGGCCUAGCAGGAGGUCAUCCAUAAAUCAUGUCAUGUCAUUCAUAAAUGGCAUCAUGCAUAAUCUAGGGGGGAGGGGAUCACAAAUUUGAGAUAAUGAUGAUGUGGUGGAAUGAGGCACAUGCCUAGGGCCCCUGCACCUUUUACUCAACUUUCAGUUGCUCUGUGACAAAGUAAAAAAAUUUUGUUGAAGAUUGAGGAGUUUAUUUGAUCUUGAAAUACUUUAUUGACGUAUUUUGUAGGGGUGUAAGUUAUAAAAUUUGCCUUGGGUUAAGAUUAUUUGGAGAAAAGAAGAAGUUCAAAAAGUUAGGGAAACUGCAUUAUCACAGAUGACUGUUGUUACGGAUUUAUGUUUAAAUUGCAUUAAAGCUGUCUAAAUUUUAGUUCAGGCCUAGAGUAUAAUAAGUAGAAGUGUACGAUGCUUAUUUAUAUUGAAUGGCGAUGGCUAGCUAAAUGAUCCUUGAGAGCUGCAAUAUAAAAAAAUAUAAAAUGAGUAAAACAAAGUAGGGUUAAACCUGAAAAAUGGAACACAACAAAACAACGAACGUGUCAGCAGGAAGCCUUCAUCAGCAAACAAAACAACAGAAAAAAACAGUAUAAAAAUAAAAAAUAACACUUAGCUUAGAGGUAGUAUCUGUGGGCAGCAAAUGAAUUGUCAAAAAAAUUAAAAAAAUCAGAAUUUCUCAAUGGCAAAGACACAUGCACAUUUGGAAGAAAUAUAGACAGACAAUUGUCAUGGUCAAUGUCACAUGAAGGACAAACAUUAAAAUAUUUAUGUUUAUUAAACCUCUAUAAAGUAGUAUUUGUAAUUCUGUAAAAGAAUUGAUAUUGUUGUUCUAUAUUUUAUUGCUUACAUUCAGACAUGUUUCGUCAGCUCCAAAGUCAUGUUAUGUCUCUUACAUUAUUUUGUUGAUUUCCUCUGAAAUCUGCUUUAAUUUAAGUAAAUUUUUUAAAACUAUAAACAAUGUUUACUUUUCAAAUGAAAACCUUUAAAAAUUACUGAGAAAACACAUAAAAUUAUGUUUAAAAAAUUAUAUUGUUGUAAAACAACUUAAUCUGCAGAAUUAUGGUAUGUAAUAAAAUAGAACUGUACUAAUACAGCUGAGAGUAAAUCAAAGCAAAAUAAGUUUACAGAUACUCCAUUUUUAUAAUGUCUGAAGAUCAUAAAAAUGUAAUAAUAAUAGCUCAAGCACUAUUUGCAUAUACUGCAUUCAUAUAAUUACAUGAGGCCUUUAAUCAACAUGCAGGCAUGAUAGAUAAUUAUUGUUAAUUUAUGUUAAAACUUAAUUUAGUAUUUGCUGCUUAUAAAUGAAUUUAGUAUUAGUUUCCCUUUAAUUACAACAUAUAAAAUAUAUUUUAAAAGUGUGAUUGAUAAUGCUAAAACUUAAUGCUAAAAUGAAAUACAUAAACAUUUUCUUUUCCUGAUAAUUUUCAACCAGUAGUCAACUGAUUUUGAGAAGGAAUAAAAUUAUUGUAUUAAAUCUUGAAUUAAUAUUGAUAUACAUUUGUUUAUUCUAACUAGAACCGUCGGCAUAUGGAAAAGUUCACUAGCAUUGGGCAGCAUCAUGAAAUUUCGCCAGCGCAUGGCUUGGCUCAUGCUAAUGUUAUUCUUAGGUGCCUCAUUUGCAUUUGCGUACUAUGUGUUUGAGAUAAAUGAUCAGUUCAACAACUUGGCAAUAGAACAUGUACAAACAGAACAUGGUGGGGACAUUAAGGCAGGAACCAUAUUAGAACAUGCCACCCAUUUACCACUUGCUGUUUGGUUACUAAUAUUUCUUCUUCCCUACCUACAAGUAAGUCUUCACAAUGAUAGUUAAUAUUAUUUUGAGUUCUAAAAAAAAAAAACGGUUUCACCACCCAAAAAGAUAUAAUUUGAUACUUAAUAGACUUAAACUUUCAAAGGAUGUAUCACAAUAAUUUAAAGAAGUUAUCAAAAUAUUUAGUAUUUUAACAAAUGUUAAUCUCCCUAAGUCAAAUUAUAAAUUCAAGGAGGCCGAAAAAUUGUUGACCUAGAGUUUCCUGCAACUUUUAUUUGCAUAGGUGAAAGGGCAAUACUUUCAAAUAUCUAAAUCUCAAGAACAUCAUAAAAUUAAAGUUUUAAAUACUGUAGGAAAAGGAAUGUUUAAUAACUAACUUUUUCUUCAUGAAUUUCAGGUAUUUGGCUUAUUACUUGCCUGUACUCGACCAGAACCACGAUUAAGUUUGGCAUACAUUUGGCCCGGAACAUUAUUUUUUAAAUCUCGGACCCUUUUGAGACGAUAUCACCCACAUGACAGCAAGUCUAUAAAUUCUAGUGUUGUGUUCAAUGGACAUGUGGUUGUGUUUGAUGCAUGAUUCUUCAGUACUCAAGGAAGUGGAUGUGUGUGAUUCUGGAUAUUUAAACCGAUUGGACAAGUGUGACAGAUCAUUUAGGGAUGUGUGUGAUUCUGGAUAUUUCUUUAAACUGAUUGGACAAGUGUAACAGAUCAUGUAGGAUGUGUGUGUUAGAUUGAUGAAUUUCAGUUGUGUUUUAACUUCAAAAAUUUCAAUCUGCAGUUAUUCUUUACAUUUAUCUACAUAUUAUCUCAUAAUUUUAGGGGCAGGAUUGGGGGGAAUGUUAAAAUAUUUAGAUUAAAAGUGGUAUCUGGGCAGGACAGGCUAAAGAAAACGGACAUAACCCCAAAAAAUUUCAUUUCAUCACUAAAGACACCACUAAUUAAC